UUGUGCACCUAGGAAGAAGAAUUAGCAAAUGACGGGAAAAAUCAGGGGUGGAAUGGCUGAGAAACCGAGUAUACACCUACCACGAUUUGUGAUAGAAAAAUUGAGGUGCUCUAAAUGUGGUCGAUAUUUGUCUGUAGCACCAGUUAGUGGUCCAAAAGGAAAGUACACCUGUGGUAGAUGUUGCCCUAAUGCGGAAUCAAGUGGACCUUAUGAAGAAAUAGCUAAGCUCAUUAAGUUCCCUUGUAGCAAUGAAGAUUGCAAGUUAAGACUGAAAUGGGGAGAAGCGUUGCCUCAUGAAUAUGCCUGUCAAUUUCGUAAAACAACGUGCCCCUUUCCAACUUGUUAUGUUCGCCUAUUCUUCAGUCGUCUCCUAAAUCACUUUAAUGAAGUCCACAAAUCAUAUGUACACAACCGUCAUUGUAACAUAACCUUAAAUUUCAAUCAGGCAGCUAGACACUUGUCGGUACAUUGUUAUUGUUACAGUCAAACAGUUUUCUUAGUUUUCGUGAAGACAGCUACUAAUUGGCCUAUGCAUACAUUCAGUUUUGCACUAGUUGCGCUUCCAAACUCAGAUAAUGACAGUUUCAGUGACAUGCAAUACGCUGUUAACUUAUAUCUAAAAUCUGCUGCUGGCAACGCGGUCAUAAAGAAGAUUGGAAAGGUCAUAUCCCAAUAUGAUAUCGAUAAGCAUUGUCUACCUUGCUUUAUUGGGAAAUGCAACAAAUCUUGACACCAAGGAGAAUAUUUUUUGAA